GUGUGAUUCUGAUAUUAACUCUAAUCGGUGAGCAGGUUUGGUGAGCAGGUUUGGUGAGAGAGGGUUGAAGGGCGGACACCAUCAGGGUGCAGGGCACACCUCAAUGAGAAUUGCUCCUUCCACUGCAACCGAGGUGCUUGGCGAUGAGCCACCGUUCGCCUCUCUCCAAUCGGACCCGGCCCACACCCUGCAGGGGGUGGCGAUGAGGGAGGCCGGCUGGAGAUAAAAGGAAGGGGAGGCUGAGACUCACGCACCUGUCUACUCACCAACCCAUCCAACAGCACAGCAGUCCGGACCUGACCCGACCAAGUGACUAGCCGCACAGUCAUGGGAACUCCACUGGAGGAAGCGCUAACGAACAUCAAGGACAUCUUCAAGAAAUACGCCAAGCCAACCGGAAAAAAAGACACACUGGAUCUAGCCGAGCUUAAAAAACUGCUCCGCGAGGAGAUAACAAUGUUGGAUAAGGAAAAACUGGAGCAGUUUGCGGAUAAGGUCAUAGAACAUGACAAAAGUAAAGACAUCGACUUUCCGGAGUUUAUGAGAAUUCUCGCUGCCUUGGCCACCUGCAACAAAUCCAGUGGAGACUGCCAACAAUCCAGUGGAUGUGCAAAGUCCACAUGAGUCAGCAGCUCAGCUCAUACCGGCGGGAACACACUCCCUCACCCCCAUUCACCCCCUCCCAUCCCUCUAUCCCCCUCCCUCCAGCCCCUCU